AUGAUGACUGUUGAAGAGAAACCUGAUGUUACUUACAAUGAUGUUGGUGGCUGCAAGGAGCAAAUUGAGAAGAUGCGAGAGGUCGUUGAACUGCCAAUGCUUCACCCAGAGAAGUUUGUGAAGCUUGGAAUAGAUCCUCCCAAGGGCGUUCUCUGCUAUGGUCCUCCUGGUACCGGUAAAACCCUGUUGGCUAGAGCUGUUGCCAAUAGGACUGAUGCUUGCUUUAUCAGAGUUAUUGGCAGUGAGCUUGUUCAGAAGUAUGUCGGUGAAGGAGCUAGGAUGGUUCGUGAACUGUUUCAGAUGGCACGGUCCAAAAAAGCAUGCAUUGUGUUCUUUGACGAAGUUGACGCCAUUGGUGGUGCUAGAUUUGAUGACGGUGUAGGAGGUGACAACGAAGUCCAGCGUACUAUGCUUGAGAUUGUGAAUCAGCUUGAUGGGUUUGACGCACGUGGUAACAUCAAGGUUCUUAUGGCAACAAACAGGCCUGACACGCUGGACCCUGCUCUUCUACGUCCUGGACGUCUUGACCGUAAGGUUGAGUUUGGUUUACCUGAUCUGGAGAGCAGAACACAGAUCUUCAAGAUUCACACAAGAACCAUGAAUUGCGAGAGAGACAUCCGUUUUGAGCUCCUUGCUCGCCUCUGCCCAAACUCAACUGGAGCUGAUAUCAGGAGUGUGUGCACUGAAGCUGGAAUGUAUGCAAUCAGAGCUAGGAGAAAGACUGUGACUGAGAAAGACUUUUUGGAUGCAGUGAACAAAGUCAUCAAAGGUUAUCAGAAGUUCAGCGCAACCCCCAAGUAUAUGGUCUACAACUAG